CACCUUUUGUUUGAUCCAAUCAAAGCUUAAUUGUAAUAUUGUACGUCAUUGGAUCAUCGUGACCAUUCUUAUUAUUUUUUGGUAUUUUUUAUCUCUUCCUCUCUCUCUUUUUUCUUUUUUAUGAACAAGAUGGACAAUAAAAGAAUAGAUGAAGUAACAGAAGAGUUUGAUGAGAAAGUAAAGAUCAUCUCUGAAGAAGACGAUGAAUAUAACGAAAAGCAAGACGAUAAGAGAAAUCAAAAGACAACAAAAGAAAUGGAUCACAUCUUUAAUCAAUUCAAUGAAUCCUCCACUUUGGCAAGACGUCCUUCUAUUACACAUGAUAUACCAGAUACCCCACCUCAACAACAACAACAACAACAACAAGAAAUUCCAUUUGAUUUCAAUCGGUUCUUGGAACAAAUGAGAAACCGCAAUUCCAAGCCUAUUACUCGUUAUUUUAAGAGUUUUCUACAGGCAUUUGAUCGUAGACCAUGGACAGUGAAUGAACAAAUCAAGAUUAUACAAGACUUUUUAGAUUUUAUCUAUGUGAAAAUGAGAGAAUGUGAUACUUGGAGAGAUGUGCCUGAACAAGAAUUCGGUAAUGCACAAGAAGGCAUGGAGAAACUUGUAAUGAAUCGACUUUAUCAUGUCACUUUUUGUCCAAACACAACAGACGAUAAAGAAAGAGACGAAAUUCUUUAUCAAAAAAUCAGCAUAUUUCGAUGGAUUCGUGAAAAGCAUUUGGAUAUUCCAGAGACAGAACACAAUGAAUCCUUCUUGUCUUUCGCAGAGUCAGAAAUCCUCAAGAUCAACAAUUAUAAGGCACCUAGAGAUAAAUUGAUAUGUAUACUGAAUUGCUGUAAAGUGAUUUUUGGCUUGAUCAAACAUGUAGAAGGAGAUGCUGGUGCAGAUAAAUUCUUACCUAUUUUAAUCUAUGUGGUCAUUAGAGCCAAUCCACCUCGCCUUGUGUCCAAUGUACAAUACAUUUAUCGGUUUAGAAACCCUGAACAACUUCAGGCUGAAGCUGGUUAUUAUCUGACAAACCUAAUGGGUGCUAUUGCUUUUAUAGAGACAAUGGAAGCCAAAUCACUCUCUAUCACAAAAGAAGAAUUCGAUAGCAAUAUUGAAAGAACCAUGAAUGAAUUGAAACAAGAAAGACCUUCUGCACCUUCUUUGGAUAAACAGCAAGUAAGCUAUGAAAAUGCCUUACAUCCUUCCCGUUCAGCUUCAGCCAGACCACCUCAGACACAACCCUUAUUGGAUCCUGCUAAGGCAGCUGCUUUGUUAGAAAGAGGCAGCCAAUUUGCUCAAAAGACAAUGCAGAGGCCGUUGACUUUUGUAGGUAAAAUAUUUCAAGGCUUAAGUGAUACUUCCUCUGCUAGUAGUAGUCGAGCAGAAAGCCCUGUUGAAGAUGAACGAUAUUACCAACAACAAUAUUACCAACAGCCAUAUUACCAACAGCCAUAUUACCAACAACCGUAUUACCAACAACAACAACAACAACAGCAGCAGCAGCAGCAGCCUCCUCUCCCUCCUCGACCCAAUCUACAUCCUGACCAAAUAGUGCAACAACAGCAACAAGACGAGUUUGAUUCAAAUCUAGAGACACUAAACAGCAUGUUUACUAAUGUGGAUGAUGGUGUAUGUUACUUGGUGUUACAUGCAAAUGGUGGUGAUUUAUCCAAAUCCAUUGACAAUUUACUAGACAUUUCUGCAGAUGGUAUGAAUACAAACCGUAACAUGGCACUUCCUAUCACAACUGCUGCAUUACCCUCCAAUGAUACUCGUUAAAUAUCCCCGCUUUAUAAAAGGCACAAUGAAUAAAAGAUUGAUCUUAAAGGAAGCUGUUGGAUAAAAGUAAAAGAUAACUGAUCCGAAAUAAAAAUUAGCUCAGUUUUCUGUCAUUCGAACUUAAGUAUCAUGAUUCAAGAGCCCU